CAGCACGUGAAGAUGGCUCUCGGUCUGUUUUGGGCAUCCGUUGCUUUCUCCGUUUUCUUGGUCGUCUUAGGCUUAGACAUCAUGGGCCUUUUCAGCAGAAAAAACCAUUUCAAUGUCGAUGGCCGGACCGUUGUUAUCACCGGCGGCUCCCAGGGCAUGGGCAGAGGAUUGGCCAAGCUUCUAGCACAGAAAGGCGCCAAUGUGGUAAUUGUGGCGCGCGACUCCAAGAAGCUUGAAGCGGCACUGGAAUACAUAUCUGGAGCUGCUAUUCGAUCCACCCAACGCUUCCACUACAUCAGUGCGGAUGUGACAAAGCCUGAGGAGAACAUUCGUAUUCUGGAGCAGGUCACUGUAUGGAACGGCAAUCAGCCCCCCGAUGUUGUCUGGGCCAAUGCCGGCAUGUCCAUACCCAAGCUGUUUUUGGAAACGUCUGUGGAUGUCCUACGCCAACAAAUGGACAUCAACUACUUCAGUGCGGCAUUCCUCGCCCAGGCCACGCUCAAAGCCUGGUUGAGCGCUGAAUCAUCCACGGUGAAGUCUACUUCCGCCUCUUCGCUGCCGCGCCAUUUUAUUAUGACGUCGUCAUGUGCUGCUUUUGUUGGCCUCGCAGGCUAUGCUCCGUACGGUCCUACCAAAGCUGCUCUCCGCAGUCUAUCCGAUUCGUUGCGCCAGGAGGUGCAAUUGUACAACGGUAGCCGCCAUCAUGCUGGUGCUCAUCAGGCUCCUGAGAUCAAGAUACACCUCAUUUGUCCCGGCACUAUCCUCAGCCCUGGUUACGUCCAAGAAAAUACGACUAAGCAUCCAAUAACUAAGAUCUUAGAGGAGGGUGACCCGGCACAGACAGAAGACGAGGCCGCUGCUGUCGCUGUGAGAGAGCUGGAGAAAGGUUAUUAUCUAAUUGCGACUAACCUUUUGGCCAAAGCAAUGAGGGUGGGCGCAUUAGGAGGCAGCCCGAGGAACAACUGGUUUAUAGAUAUAGUAUUCAGCUGGUUGAUAAGCAUUGCUUGGUUCUUCAUCCAGCCAGAUUUGGAGGGCAAGGUGUACAAGUACGGAAAACAACACGGAGUGAGUAAUGCAUCAGGCUCUACUCAGUAGCGGUGUUGGAGUUCAAGAUAACGGAACUAGCUAGUUUCGUAUCGUCAAUUUCUGUAUCUAACGCUUCAACGUGCUCUUUCCCAAUCGUAGUCCGC